AUGAACCUACCGCUAUGCUUCUUACUUAUGACUAGACUAUCUUAUAUUUUCUUAUAUUUUUUUAUAUUUUCUUAUAUUAUUAUAUUAUUAUAUUAUAUGACUAUGUACUUUUAUUAUUAUUUCUACUCUGACUAUUUUAUAUCUUCCUUACGUCUUUUAUAUAUCAUAUCUAUAUCAUAUCUAUAUCAUAUCUAUAUCUAUAUCAUUUCUAUAUCAUUUCUAUAUCAUUUCUAUAUCAUUUCUAUAUCAUUUCUAUAUCAUUUCUAUAUCAUUUCUAUAUCAUUUCUAUAUCAUUUCUAUAUCAUUUCUAUAACUUAUAUAACUUAUAUAUCCUUUUUUUUAUCCUAUUUUAUGAUUGUUAUAGGGCUUGUGGCGCAAUGGAAACGCAUCAGACUACGAAUCUGGGGAUUGCAGGUUCGAUCCCUGCCAAGCUCGUCUUUUUAUUGA